GCUACUGAUUAAACCACCUCGGUUGUUCGCUAGCAAACAUAAAACCGGUAAUAUUUAGACAGUUUGUGUGUGUAUUAACCUCGGUGUUUUAAACACACUGUCUGCGAAUUUACUAGUUACUUUAAUAUUUACGUUGUCAGCUAGCUAGCUGUUUUAGUUAGCACUAAGCUAGUCUAACGUUCCCGACCAUGAGUUCACUAUCCUACACCCCACCUGCUAAAGAAGAGGAUGACUGCUGGACGGAGAAAGAAGCUCCCGUGAAAGGGGAGAAGGAAGAGGAGGCUGUCACGGUUAAAAAGGAAGUAGAGGGUGAAGCUGUUACAGUGAAAGAGGAAGACGUUUCAGUGAAAGAGGUGGAUGUUACUGUUGAAGAAGAGGAAGACGCGUUCGGAGUGAAAGAGGAGGACGUUACAGUGAAAGAAGAGGAGGAUGCAGUUGAAAAAGUGAAAGAGGAGGAGGAUGAGAUUACUGUCACAGUUAUAGAGGUGGAAGAAGAGAAUAAUGGAGAUCUGAUUAACACCAUUGAGAAUGGAGAUCUGAUAAACACCAGAGAGAGACAAGACUCUCACUCUGACAGCGAAAAGCGUCUUUCAGAAGAACCAGAGACGUCCAAACCAGCAAGACGACGCCACUCUUCCCAAUGUGGAAAGAGUUUUACCAAGUUAGGGAGCCUUAAAAACCAUGAGAUUACACACACAGGAGAAAAGCCCUACCAAUGUUCCCAGUGUGGAAAGAGUUUUACAAGGUUUUGGAACCUAAAAGAACAUGUGAGGACACACACAGGGGAAAAACCUCAUCACUGCUCCCAGUGUGGAAAGAGUUUUAUCCGGCUAAGCCACCUGAAAGAACACAAGAGAACGCACACAGGGGAGAAGUCUUAUUACUGCUCCCAAUGUGGGAAAGGUUUUAUCCAGUUAAGGAAACUGAAAAUGCAUGAAAUGACACAUACAGGGGAGAAGCCCUACCACUGCUCCCAGUGUGAAAAUAGAUAUGUUUCAUCGGGAGCCCUGAAAUCACAUAAGAGAACACACACAGGGGAGAAGCCAUACCUCUGUUCCCAGUGUGGCAAGAGUUUUAGCUGGCCAGGGCAACUGAAAGAGCACGAGAGGACACACACAGGAGUGAAGCCUUACUAUUGCUCCCUGUGUGGAAAGAGUUUUACCCAUUUAGGGAACUUAAAAAGGCAUAAAAGAUCACACGCUGUAGAGAAGCCGUAUCAAUGCUCCCAGUGUGAAAACAUGUUUUUAUCACAAUGGGACCUGAAAAAACAUGAGAGAACACACUCUGUAGAGAGGCCUUUCAAAUGCUCUCAGUGUGGAAAGAGAUUUAUCCAGCGUUGUCAUUUGAAAGCGCAUGAAAAAAUACACACAGGUGAAAAACCAUUGUGCUCUCAUUGUGGAAAGAGUUUUACCCAGUUAGGGAGCCUAAAAGAGCACGAGAGGACACACACUGGAGAGAAGCCAUACCACUGUUCCCGGUGUGGAAAGAGUUUUACCCGGUUAUGGUGCCUGAAAGCACAUGAGAGAAUGAAGAAGCUGUGUUCUGCCUUAAGUUUUUGCUUGCUAAACUACUCCCCCUCUGCUAAAGAAGCGGAGGUCUGCUGGACGGAGAAAGAAGCUCUGGGGCUGAACAUUAUCGUGGAAGAAGAGGAGGAUGUUACAGUGAAAGGAGAGAAAGACGAUUUCAGUAUUAAAAAGGAGGAUGUUACAGUGAAAGAAGAGAAAGAACCAUGUGGAAUGAAAGAGGAAGAGGGAAUAGAGUAUGUAACAGUGGAAGAGGAGGAGGUAGAAGCUUUCAGAAUUAAAGAGGAAGUUACAGUGAAGGAAGAGAAAGAAGAUUUCAGUAUUAAAAAGGAGGAUGUUACAGUGGGAGAAGAGAAAGACCCGUUUGGAGUGGAGGAGGGGGUAGAGGCUGUCACAGUGGAAGAGGAGGACAUCAUAUUGAAAGAGGAGGAGGCUGUUACAGUGGGAGAAGAGAAAGAACCGUCUGGAGUGGAAGAGGAGGCUCCCUCAAUAAAAAAGGAGGACAUUUUGGGAGUGAAAGAAAUUGGGGAGGAGACUGAAGACCUGAUUAACACCAGAGAGAGACCAGACUCUCCAUCUGACAAGAGUCCUUCAGGGGAACCAGACCCAGGGAAGAGGCCUUCAGGGGAACCAGACCCAGGGAGGAGACCUUCAGGGGAAACAGACUUAGGCAAGAGUCCUUCAGGGGAACCAGACCUAGAGACUGCCAAACCAGUAGGACGACACUGCUGCUCCCACUGUGGAAGGAGAUUUACCAAGUUACACAACCUAAAAGAGCACGAGAGGACACACACAGGAGAAAAGCCUUUCCAAUGUUCCCAGUGUGGAAAGCGUUUUAGCCGGUUAGACAGCCUGAAAAUGCAUGAAAGAAUUCACUCUGGAGAGAAGCCUUACCAAUGCUCCUAUUGUGUAAUGAGUUUUUCACGAUCACAGGCCCUCAAAAGGCAUGAGAGGACACACACAGGAGAAAAGCCUUUUCAAUGCUCCCAGUGUGGAAAUAGUUUUACCCUGUUGGCACACCUGAAAUCACAUGAGUGGACGCACACAGGAGAAAAACCUUUCCAAUGUUCCCAGUGUGGAAAGAGUUUUACCAGGUUAAGGACCCUAAUUAGGCACCAAGGAAUACACAAAGAAGGAAGGAAGACCUUCCAUUGCUCUCAGUGUGGAAAGAGUUUUACUGAGUUAUGGGGCGUGAAAAUACACGAGAGAAUUCACUCUACACACAGAGGAGAAAGGCCAUUCCAAUGCUCCCAAUGUGGAAAGCGUUUUACCCAGUUAGGGAACCUGAAUUUACAUAAGAUAAUUCACUCUGGAGAUAAGCCUUACCACUGCUCUCAGUGUGGAAAGAGCUUUAUUCGGUCAUGCCAUCUCAAAGAGCAUGAGAAAACACACACCGGGGAAAAGCACUUCCAAUGUUCCCAGUGUGGGAAGAGUUUUGCCCGGUUAUGGAACCUAAAAGAGCACGAGAGGAUACACACAGGAGAGAAGCCCUACCACUGCUCUCAUUGUGGCCAGACCUUUUCCCGAUUAAGGGAACUGAAAUCCCAUUACAUUUCACACACUCUUAUCCAGGGAGAAUAACAAUUGUUGAAUUCACCUUAAGGUAGCUAGGUGAGACAACCACAUAUCACAGGCAGA